AUGUUUAAUUACUACGAUGCAUUCAAACAAUAACAUAACAUGUAAUAUUAGAAUUAAUAUAAAUAGUAUUUGUAAAGAAGUUAUAUUCUUGCAAGUGAUAUAACAGAAAGAAAUUUAAAAAUCAUUAGUUAAGAAACCGAAUAUAAAAUUUGAAUUUUGUAACAAUUCUUUCAUCAAUGCUUCACUUCAAUUAUAUGGUAUUGAGAAAUCUAGUUGCUUUUACAAAUAAAAAAGCAGAAUAGGUAGUAUCAUUGUAAAGAAGGUUGAAAACUUCAAAAUAUCAAUAUAUAAAAAAUUUUCCAAAUUUUAAUGA